GUAGUGUACUCUCAAGGGAAGCAGUAUUUUAUAACUUCAAUCAUUUCAAGACACUUCAACAAUGUACCUGUCACAAUACUUCCAAUUACUUUUCUUCAUUAGCUGUACCACAUUUCAGAAAAUAAUCGACUCUCUCCAUUACCUGAGCCAGUUUGGACCCCUCCACCUGAUUCCUCUAGACCAGUUCACCUUCAAUGUGUUGAGUAGUGUUCCCAAGGAUGUUCUGUGUUCAUGGCUGACCAGUCAGAUGAAUGGAGGACCUCCCACAUCUGGAGUGGAUCCCUCCCAGAACAAGGGACAAUGGCAACAUUUACUUUGGAGAACGCCACCCUCUGCAUGUCAGAACCAGCCUAACAAAGCUCCAGCCACCAUCCAGACAACCUCCAGCUAUGGACAAGAUCCUGAUGACUUCAUGGACUGGACAGAGGGCCCCCAGAAAGAUAAGAACAACAUUGGUCAAUGGCAGAAUAAAUACCCCUGUCGUCAGGUUGAGGAACCUAUGGAAGUUGAUGUUGUGGACAACAAACAUUUACUUCAGAAUAGGCCUCUCUCUGCACUUCACAACCAGCUCAACACAGCUCCAGGCGCCAUCCAGAAAAAGUCCUGCUAUGGACAAGAUCAAGAUGACUUCAUGGACUGGACAGAUGGCCCCCAGAAGGAUAAUCAGAAAAUCGGUCUAUGGAAAAAUAAAUACCCCUGUCGUCAGGUUGAGCAACCUAUGGAUGUAGAUGUCGUGGACAACCAUCAUUUAUUUCCAAAUAGGCCUCUCUCUGCACUUCACAACCAGCUCAACACAGCUCCAGCCGCCAUCCAGAAAAAGUCCUGCUAUGGACAAGAUCAAGAUGACUUCAUGGACUGGACAGAUGGCCCCCAGAAGGAUAAUCAGAAAAUCAGUCUAUGGAAAAAUAAAUACCCCUGUCGUCAGGUUGAGCAACCUAUGGAUAUUGAUGUGGACAACAACCAAUCAACAUUAAGUAGCAAAAACACAGUGCGUCCAAGCCAAUCAGCUGGUAUGACCAAAACAACCGUCUGGUGCCGCUCAUCAAAAGCAGCUACUCGUUGGUCAUUCUCACGUCAGAACAAAGUGAAAUGUUGGCCAUACAGCCAGACAACCCGUAUCCAGGCAACCAGGAAGCAGACACCAAUUGUCACGCCCUGAUUCCUUCCGAACCUCUGCCUGUCCCAGACCACGUACCUGCCUGCCGCCCAUCUGUCCUUCAAGCUCAUCGAUGGUGUACCGAACCUCUGCCUGUCCUCGACCACAUACCUGCCUGCCUGCCGCCCGUCUGUCCCUCAAGCUCAUCAAUCUGGUACCGAACCUCUGCCUGACCUCGACCACGUACCUGCCUGCUGCCCAUCUGUCCCUCAAGCUCAUCGAUGGUGUACCGAACCUCUGCCUGUCCUCGACCACGUACCUGCCUGCCUGCCGCCCGUCUGUCCCUCAAGCUCAUCGAUCGUGUACCGAACCUCUGCCUGACCUCGACCACAUACCUGCCUGCCGCCCAUCUGUCCCUCAAGCUCAUCGAUGGUGUACCGAACCUCUGCCUGUCCUCGACCACGUACCUGCCUGCCUGCCGCCCAUCUGUCCCUCAAGCUCAUCGAUGGUGUACCGAACCUCUGCCUGUCCUUGACCACAUACCUGCCUGCCUGCCGCCAGUCUGUCCCUCAAGCUCAUCAAUCUGGUACCGAACCUCUGCCUGACCUCGACCACGUACCUGCCUGCUGCCCAUCUGUCCCUCAAGCUCAUCGAUGGUGUACCGAACCUCUGCCUGUCCUCGACCACGUACCUGCCUGCCUGCCACCCAUCUGUCCCUCAAGCUCAUCGAUGGUGUACCGAACCUCUGCCUGUCCUCGACCACGUACCUGCCUGCCGCCCGUCUAAAUAAACACUCCAUUUUGGCAUGUA